AUGACCCACCCCGACAUGCACGAAACGGAGCACAAACCCAUCGACGAAGCACUCGACGAGAUCAACGUGAGACUGGGUCUUAUAAGCGAGGAUGUGAAAGCGAUCAAUGAGGAUAUGAAAGGGAUCAACGAGGAUGUGAAGUCGAUAAGCGAUAACGUGAAAGACCUUCAUGCUGCAUUCGCACCGAUCCAUGAGAUGAUAACGACGAUUAACGUUGAGUUGAACAGAAGGUCAAGGAGGGAUUCAGGAGUGGUUACAGAUUGA